AUGGUGAAGUGGCUCAAGCGAAGUCUGGACAUUGCCGUGCAGCCAGUCUCUGAUGUCAACGGCAAGGCACCCAACAGCAACGACUUACAUACUGACCAGACUGGGAAAGAGAAAGUUGAGACAUGUCCAGGGCAUCUCGAGACCGACAAGGCAGUUGCUCCGAUGACAGUGGAGGAUGAGCCUCCCGCUCCUCAAUAUGCGACACCACGGGAGCUUGCCCUCCUGUCCACAGUGUUCACGAUGGCCACUUUCAUGAUAGCCAUUGAUGGGAGCAUCCUCGCGACGGCUAUCCCCAAAAUUACGAGUGACUUUGGGCGACUCGACGACGUCCCAUGGUACGGCAGUGCUUACCUCCUGACGGAGAUGGCGUUCCAACCUACCUUUGGUCGUCUCUAUAGCUUGUUCGAUGCUAGAAUACUCUAUUUGAGCUCCAUCUUUGUCUUCGAAGCAGGCUCGAUCGUUUGUGCUGCAGCGCCCAUCUCCGCCGCCCUGAUUACUGGAAGAGUCGUCGCUGGCAUAGGAGCCGCCGGCUUACUUUGCGGGAGCCUGGCAGUCUAUGGCCGAUCGGUCCCUUUACGAGCAAGGCCUUUUGGGAUGGCUCUCGUCACGAGCAUGUAUGGGGUUGCUGGCGUCCUGGGGCCAACGCUGGGAGGGCUGAUUACGGACGAGCCCAAGCUCACGUGGCGAUUCUGCUUCUGGUACGUUCAAUACCCGCUCGGGGCUGUGACCUUUGCAAUCGCGUGGAAAGUUCUCAAGAACAAGACUCCUGUUCACGAGCGGCUCUCAUUGCGCGAGAAGCUGAAGAAACUCGACCUCCUCGGUGGAUUUCUACUCAUCGCCGGCCUAGUGACACUCUUCUUUGCCUUGCAAUGGGGUGGGAGCAAGUACUCCUGGUCCAACCCAAGAGUGUACGUGUGCAUUAUUGUUUUUGUUGUCCUCAUAUCGGCGUUCGCAGCUCUACAAGCGAAAAAGAAGGAAGAGGCCACGAUUCCCACGCGGAUCCUGUCGCAGCGCACGGUAGCCAUCAGCUGCGUCUUCAACAUGCUCAUGUCCAUGGCGCACAAUACACACAUGUACUAUCUCGCCUUCUACUUCCAGGCUGCACUGGGGACCAACGCCGUGACCUCGGGCGUCCGCUGCCUGGCGUACGGAAUCCCGUGCAGCGUCGCCAUCAUCGUCACGGGCGCGUGCAUCAGCUCCAGGGGCCACUACGUUCCCUUCAUGUGGCUGGGCACGAGUGUCUUCAUUGCCGGGUGUGUUCUCCUUCGCGAGCUGGACGUAGACUCCUCCAUGGGGGAGUGGAUCGGCUUCCAAAUUCUCAGCGGUGCCGGCAUCGGACUCGCGGAGCAAGUGCCGUUCAUUGCGGUGCAAGUCGUCCUUCCGGACAAUGACAUGCCCACCGCGUGUGCCCUCGUCGUCUUCUUCCGCCUGCUCGGCGGCGCGGUGGGAUUGAGCAUUGCCUCCAACCUCUUCUCGAGCGAGCUAUUCCAGCGACUGGCGGACGCGGUAGACGGGGUCACGGUAGAGGCUAUACAGGACGCGGGCGCGUCUGACCUGGCCAAGUCGGUGCCGGCGGCGAUGCUGCCACUGGUCCGCAAGGCUUUCAGCUACGCCGUCACUGAGGCUUUUAUUUUGCCAAUUGCGGUGGCGUGUGCAUCUCUGAUUCUGAGUUUCGGUAUGCAGCGACGAUGGAUUCCGGAUGAUCGCAUCCAACCAUCGCAAGAGAGUGAGAUGGGAGCAGCUCCCGAGAGCACUGGCUCAAAUGAUGUUGAAUGGAAGUCGGUGAGAAAUGAGAAGACUGGUUGA